AUGACAUUCCUGGUGAAGUUUGGGGCUGGCCGCACCCAUCCGACCCGCGAAGGCACCAUGAUUGCGUGGUUCGGCAGGCAACCGGGAUCUGCACAGCCCCGCAAAGCAAGGUUUUGUAAGGGCCCGCCUAGUACUCUCUUUUCUCGGAGGGCUAUAAUCGCUAGAGAUCCGAUAGAGACCAACCACCGAAAUCUCAAGAAGAGAAUCAAUGUCGUCUUGCAAUGUUUUGAUCUGGCUCCAAGGAAUUCGAGUAUCUCUGCUUUUGUUUUGAGCCUCGACAUCGAUCAAAUCAAAUCUUCAAUUACGGCUGGCUAA